AUGGCCCUAAAGAAACACCCCAAGCAUAUAUUUGUCACCAAAGGCAAACACCAAUCCUGCAAAGAGAUCACCCACAACCAUGAGGAAAUAAACCAGCUGGAGGAUGAUGUUCGGGUGAUGCAAUCAUUCCAUCCACGAACUGGUGAUGUUCAUCUCUACCACAACUACUCCAAUUAUGAUGGUUCCAAUGAGGACAAUUUCUUCAAGUCGAUCAACGACGAUUAUGUUCCACCUCAUACUGCAGCUGCCCCCAUUCCUCCACCUACCACGAUUCUAGUCCCUGUCACCCCCUCCGUUCCUUCUACUAUGAUCGUCCAGGUUCCAGUUGGAAAAUGGAUUGAUAGAGAAGACAACUCAUUGGAUCCCGACGACCUCGACCUAUUAACUGAGAUCAUGCAAAUUCCCCCUGAAGCAUGGGUCAAUAGCCUCAGAGCAUCAGUCAACAAAGCAAUUCAGGACGGCAAGUGGUCGAUUCUCCAUCCCCGACUUAAACACCAACCACUGCCUUUCUGGAUACUGGCUCUCUGGGAGAAGGCCUGUGUAGUGCACGAGGCUCAAACAUUAUGGAUUAACGCUGACAAAUGGUUACAGGUGAAAAUACUUGAGAAUGGCACACUGUCAAGCACAGAAUGUGACAUCAAUUUUUCUGUCACCAGGCAAGACAUGUUUCUUCUACCACAACGCAAGCGUCUCAUUGGCCGAAGAAACACAUCGCACUUCGCUCGCAUUUUGUCAGAUGACUCUUUAUUGUUGGACACUCUCAUGGAUAUGAUGGUCCAGUUCACUGCCUACACUGAGCUCCCAGAUGCCAUCCACCUGGGCAAAAUGAACUUUGAUUCAUUGCCCUCUGUGUUAGAACGGAUGCUCGCCCAAGGGAAGCUUCUUUUUUUCCCAGGUGACUCUCUCAAUCUCCGAGCUGGGCAAUUCAAAUCUUUCAUUCAAAAGCUACAGCAGUGGCUUACUGCAUGUUUCAAUGGCCCAUUCAAAGACCAAGGAAACACGCUACCACACACCAUCCAACAAGACUCUGUCUCCUGCAGGCUAUUUGCCCUAAACACAAUCACUCACAAUGUUUUUGGCGAUCCCCUCAGCAUCCUGAAUCCCGCAUCUACACAAGCAUUGUGGUUCAAGCAGAUCACUCGCCCUUAUAUUCACAAGCCACCACAACAAAGUACUACCACAUCUACGUCUAUGGUAGCGACCCCCCCUCCUCUUUCGACACCAUCGGACAGCUUGCAGACGGGUCAAACUGAAGGAGAUGACGAGAAAAAAGAAAGGUGGUGGCAACUGAUCAAGAGAUCCAAGGACAAAGCAGAUUCAUGGGCAGCGGAGGUCGCGCAUCUCAAGAAAGAGAAAGAGACGCAGGAGCGGAGUGAGAUUGAGAGACAGAAGGAGGUCGAAUGGUUGGAGGAGAUUGAGAGGCAGAAGGAGCUUGCUCGUGAACGUCUCGAGCCUGAGCGUCUGGAAUGCGAGUGUCUUGGAUGCAAACAUCUCGAGCGUGAACUUCUGGAAUGUAAACAUCUUGAGCACGAACAUCUUGAGCAUGAGCGUCUGGAAUCCUCUAACCCAAUAACUAUGAUCGGUUUGCGCAUCACGGUAGAUUUCCCUCACCUGUUGGAGCUCAAGGGUAUUACCGACAGAUUACCUGUUACUACAGCCCUGUCCAGAGAAGUCGUUGUACACCUUCACCUUGUUGUGGCCCAGCAACUGACUGGCGCCGACAGCAUUAGGGACAUGCUUUGUCUUCCCUUCACCUGCCGAUUCUGCGGCAUGAGUGGUCUUCUAUGGCAACUUGCAAUACAAUAUGGGCCAGACAAUUUAAUUUCAGCUGCCCUGUCUGGCCCUUCAAGUGAUGCCUAUAUGCAUUUGAAUAGUGAGCUCAUCGGCACCGAUAUUGAUGACAUGGUGAAGGAUGCUCAUAUCAAAAUGCUGCUGGGCAUAACAAUCGACGGUCAUUCCUUGUGGCCUCCCAUCGAUGUCUUCGAGAAGCACAUGCAGUGGGAAGAAGAGUGGACUGCAAUUUUAGAGAUGUGGUUCAUGAAGCACAUUGCUAUGAUACAAAAUAGGGUUACACAUGCUUUCACCACCCAUAGCCAGUGGUCAUCGAGACUUUGGCAACACACCCUAACUUCAUCCAAAGACACUAUGAAGGUUGUAACCGAGGUGCAAGCACAGUUAUUGUGCUACAAUAUUGAUCAGUUGGAUCUGAAAUCUUUCGUGGUGUUGGAUUAG